AUGGACUGGGCAAAGGUAUCAGGUCAGAAUGCGGCCAUGUUCCUCCUAGACUUCGAGAAGGCAUAUGAUAGGGUGGAAUGGGAGUUUAUUCUGAUGAUGCUAGAAGCCUUUGGUUUUCUAGUGGAAUUCUACAAAUGGGUGAAGAUUCUCCUCAAAGAUGCAUCGGCUCAAGUAGAAAUUAAUGGUUCCCUCUCUCAGACUAUCAAACUCAAUAGGUCUAUUAGACAAGGUUGCCCUUUGGCCCCUGCUCUCUUUGUUAUUGUUGCGGGUGCCCUGUACUAUAUCUUAAGAGAUUUCACCAUUUCCCCUAAAGUGGAAGGUGUUAAACUUCCUAAUGGAUCAGAGUUGAUUAAUUCACAAUUGGCUGAUGACACUACACUCUUUAUUGAACUCACCAAACAAAAUAUGGAGGCAUUUGAGUGCAAAAUUAAGUUCUUAGGAGAGAUUUCAGGGGCUAAAAUAUCUCAGGCCGAAUCCACCAUGCCUGGUUGGAAGGAACAACCUCCAUAG